AUGAGAGGGGCAGAAGCACUGCUGCAGAACACCUCAUCUCCUCUCUAGCUGGAGGGAGAGAGCGAGAGAGAGAGAGCAAUAGAGAGAAGAGCAGAAAGAUAGAAAAAGAGAGAGAGAGACUCAGUCUUUGCCAAUUUUCUCUUCAGCCCUUGUGAUAGAGAGGGAGCUGGGGAAGUGAUAUUUCAGGAAUCUUAAGAGAUCAACAAACGUGCGAGAGGGGGAAGGACAGAAAACUCGACAUGUGAAGAAUCUGCAGAAACAACGACUGAAAGCGAAUGGAGAAGGGAAGAAACGACAGAGAAUGAGAGAGAGAUGUAGUCUGUGCUUCUGCUGCGAGAUCCGCCGCACCCCGAGCUAUGAGUCCUCCGCUUGUGGUCAGGAUGUGAGACUGAUGAUGUGAAAGCAAAGGCCGUCAUCAAGCUACAGCCGCUGUGCAGUCCCACUUCUACCACUGCAAUCAAAGACGCACAAUAACACUCUGGUUACAGUAGGGCCUCUGCAAGCUCAGCAAAUGGGAAGAAACACAUUUCAGCUUUUUAAUUCUGUGUGAAACCACCGUUGAUGUCUGUCAACAUUAUAGUCCCUCUUUAAUUGGGUGCCACUUUGUGAAUGAUGACACUAAACCAUCUGUCUGAUAUAUACACAUAGCUUGCAUGCCUGUUCACACUACAGAUUUACAAAAAUUGCCGUCCAAAUGAUUAAACGCACAUCUCCAUAACAAACUCCUCUCCAGCUCGUCUAAAUCACCUGUAAGGAUUAUGAGGCCGGCUUUAGUGCUUCUACAGUCACAUUGUCUCUUGUGUGUGUUCGGUGGUAUGUGUGUGCCCAUUGUUAUGGGCUCCCAACCUCCCGCACUACCAUGGCAUGUCUCGUGUCCCGCGAGGUGUGUGUGUCAGAUCAAGCCAUGGUUCUCCCUCGAUUCCGUUUACCACGAAGCCCCCACUGUGGACUGCAAUGAUCUGCUGCUGACUAAGCUCCCAUCACCAAUACCCCUGGACACGCACACCUUGCACCUGCAGAGCAAUCUCCUGUCAGUUCUGGACACUGCCGUGCUCCAUGGACUCCCCAACCUCACCGACCUCGACCUCUCUCAGAACCGCUUCAGUCAUGUCAGGACUAUAACCUACCGUUUCUCCCUUCCCUCCCUUCUGUCUCUACACCUGGAGGAAAACCAUCUCACUCACCUUCCCGAGGCUUCUUUUGCAUCACUGCCAGCUUUGCAGGAGCUUUUUCUCAGUCACAACUACUUACAUUCAAUAGCACCUGGGGCCUUCAUUGGUCUGGACUCGCUAUUCCGUCUUCAUAUCAACAACAACAGACUCACCACUGUUAACCCUCAAUGGUUCAAGGCUUUGCCUCGCUUGGAGGUUCUCAUGCUUGGAGGUAAUCCUGUGGAGUCGCUUCCUGAGCGUGGCUUUAUUGCCCUGAAAUCCCUCCGGAGUCUUGUCCUUGGCGGUAUGGGUCUAAAAGGUUUGGCUGAAAAAGCACUAGAAGGCCUGGACAGCCUAGAGAGCCUCUCCUUCUAUGAUAAUCUUCUGAGUAAAGUUCCAACUCAGGCCCUAAGGAGAGUACCAGGAUUGAAGUUUCUUGACCUCAACAAGAACCGCAUCAAACUGAUUGGGACAGGAGACUUCCAAGACAUGGUUCACCUGAAGGAGCUCGGUUUAAACAACAUGGAGGAGCUGGUUUCCAUUGAUAGGGCCGCCCUGCAGAACCUUCCAGAGCUCACCAAACUUGAGAUCACAAACAACCCACGUCUGUCCUACAUUCAUCCACAGGCUUUCCUCAAGCUGAGCAGGCUUGAGAGUCUAAUGCUCAACUCCAACUCACUGAGUGCUCUGCACCAGCACAUCAUGCUCUCCCUGCCAAAUCUUCAAGAGGUUAGCUUACACUCCAACCCUCUGCGAUGUGACUGCCUGUUUCACUGGGCAGCCAAGGAGGUUUCUCAUCCCCGCAUUGAGAAAGACGCCGAAGCAGAAGCACAAACUCCCCGAGUAGUGCGUUUCAUUCAGCCCCAGGCGACCUUAUGCUCAGAACCUCCAGAACUCAGAGCUCGCAGGGUGAGAGAGGUGUCCUCAGGAGAGAUGUCAUCCUUGUGUCUUCCCAUGAUUCCUGCCAGCUCCCUACCUUCCUUCGUAGGGGUCCGUGAAGGCGGCAAACUGGUUUUGCACUGUCGAGCUCUUGCAGAUCCACAGCCUGAAUUGUACUGGGUGACCCCCUCUGGUCUGAAACUUCAUCCGGAACCGAUGCAUGCAUCCAAAGCUUCUUCAGCUCCUCUCCCCUGCAAGAGCCGGAGGACUUCUGAAGAAUUCAACCUCACAUCGGAAGCCAAUACCCCUCGCCAACAGAAUGAAGACAAUAUUCCCUGUCAGCUCGUCAAACACUACCGGGUACUGCCUGAAGGAACUCUGGAGAUCAGCAAGAUCAGCGCCAGAGAGGCGGGAUUGUAUACAUGUGUGGCUGAGAAUGCAUUAGGAGCAGAUACACGCAGCGUUAAUGUAGGUGUCCAUAACAGAGAAAAGAGAAGAAACCGGGGGGCAGCUGCUAACCUGAAGAAGUUUCAAUUACUGAGAGCAGAUGCCAGGUUCGAGGUGAGAGAGAUCAGAGAACAUUAUGCUAUCCUGUCUUGGCAGAGUGGACACAACCUCCCCUCAACCCGCCUGUCCUGGCAAGCUAUGUUCUCCAAGGCCCACUCGCCCACAUACACCACACGCAUCCUUGCUGGUACACAGAGCUUCAACCUGACUCACCUGCAGGCUGGGACAUAUUACAGAGUCUGUAUGCAUUUAGGAAUCAGUCAGGGCACAAAGCAUGCCAGCAAGAGAUUAAGAGAGAGCAGAAAGCCUCAGUGCGUUUCAUUCAGGACAAAGGAUGCCCCUGAACCCCAGCCCAGCCUGCAGCUGAACCCACAGCUGACCUCCACAGCAGUCACACUACUGCUCCUUGCGAUCAUACUGCUGCUCGCAGGCCAGGGCUGGGACAGUGAGCCUGGUGAGGGGACAGGAAAGGACCAUAAUACCUCCCAUCAUGACAUAAGGGGUUACAAAGCUCUGAUCUUCAAUCAAAAGGCAAAAGGAAGUGACGACCCUCAGCCGAAGCAGAGCGACAAACUGCUACUACAUCAGAACUGCUGAGAUAACUGUACACACUUAAAUGCAGUAACACUGACACACACACACACACACACACACACACACACACAAAAUGUCAGAUACACACUUUGUUAUUAAGACGAGGGGAAUCAUAGAUGAAAGCCGUAAAGAGAGAGAGAGAGAUUUGUAUUUAUUUUAUAUACCGUAUAAAGUAUAUAUUGACAUUGUUUCUGUGUUAAGAUGUGUUGUAAAUGUCUAACCCCUAACCAGGGAAAUAAAACUGGACAAUCAAACUCCUGCUGUACAGUGAGUGAGCACAGGAGAAACAAAUGAGCCAGAGCUGCCGAUGACCACUGGACCGAAAAUAAACAGAGACUGAUUCAAGCCAGAGACUUAUAUUUACCAACGGGAGCAGCUCAGACCUCCAGGGGUUUGUCAUGUUUGCCGUCUAUGUGUUCCACAGACUGAACUAUGAGUUUCUCAAAGCAGAUGAAAGUCUGCCUUAAGACUGACAUUGAACAAAAUGGGGGUUUUUUUGGACUCUGUAAGUCAAAGUGAUUGAUGUAACAACCUUUCUGCUUAGCUUUCCAAAUCUUGGACUGGGUUGUCCAUCUUGCAGUACGCUACAUGUACAGCAUACUCAUCCGGAUUCCUCACCUAACAUCCUACAUUCUGCUUCAAAAUAAAAGUGAUCUGAAAGUGAUUGUGUUAAAUUCUAUUUUGAGCUACACACAAUAAAAUCUCUUUUCCAUUUA